UGAGGCCAUGAGUGCCUAUGCUGCGCCGAUGACCACUCUUAAUUUAACAAAUCAGACCAUCCUUCCCCAAAGCAAGACAGAAAAAGGUCAGAUCAUCCUGGGUCAACUAAGCAAUCAGAUCUCCCUUCAGGUUUCUUCUCUACCAAGUUCCUUAAGAGCAAGGCAUGGACUGAUCCUAGUGCACGAGAAACUUAAACAAAUGGCCACAGGCACUACCCACCUCCCAGUGGCAUCUCUAUAUAUUGCGACACAUCACGACCCAACAAUCCAAUCAAAUUAGCCCCCCUUGCACUGUCUUCUAGCGCCUUUUUCCCCCUCCCAGUACUCCACUUCUCAAGAGAGCAAUGGUUCUUGGAGCGUUGAUAAGUCCAGCCUCAUUGCGAUGGAGCUUCCUGAUAUGCGGUACCCUGGGCUUUGUGCUUCUCUGGCAGGCUGCCGCCCGGCUGCUAGACCGGCUGUGGUGGCACCCCCGGCGGCAUGAGCGUGCCUUGCGUGCCCAGGGUCUUCGCGGCACUCCGUACCGUUUCCUCGUCGGCGACGUCAAUGCCUAUGAGCGGCAGAACAAGGAGGCGCGAUCAAGGCCGAUGCCGCUGCGCUGCCACGACAUUGCCCCCCACGUCGCGCCGUUCCUCCACAACGCCGUCCGGGAGCACGGCAAGACGUGCAUAUCUUGGUUUGGUCCCUUCCCCAAGGUGACCAUCAGCGACCCUGACGUGACCAAGGAAGUAAUGUCCAACAAGUUCGGCCACUUCGAGAAGCUCAAGUUCCCGGCAUUGUCCAGGCUGCUUGCCGAAGGCGUGGCGACAUACGAGGGUGAGAAAUGGGUCAAGCAUAGGAGGAUCCUCAACCCCGCGUUCCAUCUCGAGAAGCUCAAGCUCAUGCUGCCAGCGGUUUCCACGAGCUGCGAAGAGCUUGUGAGUAGAUGGACGCAGUCCCUUGGUUCAGACGGUACGUAUGAGGUGGAUGUGUGCCCGGAGUUCCAGAACCUCACUGGAGAUGUCAUUUCUCGCACAGCAUUCGGAAGUAGCUACCUUGAAGGUAGCAGGAUUUUCCAGCUGCAAUCCGAGCAAGCUGAGCGCCUUCUAGCCAGCGUUAAGAAGAUUAUCAUCCCCGGUUACAUGUCCUUGCCUACCAGAAACAACAGAAGGAUGCAUCAAAUUAAUAACGAGAUCGAAUCCAUUCUACAUGAUCUAGUUGGAAAAAGGAUGCAAGCUAUGCAAGAAGGAGAAAGUACCAAAUAUGACUUACUUGGCUUGAUGCUUGAGUCGAACAUGAGGGACACAGACGAGAAUGGCCAAUCCAUCUCAGGAAUGACUAUUAAAGAAGUCGUGGAGGAGUGCAAGCUGUUCUAUUUUGCAGGAACAGAAACGACAUCAAUAUUACUCACAUGGACAAUGAUCGUACUAAGUAUGCACCCGGAGUGGCAGGACCGUGCAAGGGAGGAGGUCCUCAGCAUAUUUGGAAAGAGCAAACUUGAGUACGAGGGUAUUAGCCGACUCAAAACCAUGACCAUGAUUCUUUACGAGGUUCUCCGUUUGUAUCCACCGGCUGUCGCGUUCGUGCGAAAAACAUACAAGGAGAUCGAGAUUGGAGGCAUCACGUACCCUGCUGGGGUUCUCAUCGAGCUUCCGGUGUUGCUUAUCCACCAUGACUCGGACAUAUGGGGAAGCGACGUGCAUGAGUUCAAGCCAGAUAGGUUCGCCCAGGGGAUCUCCAAGGCGUCCAAGAAUCCAGGUGCAUUCCUUCCUUUCGGAUGGGGGCCAAGGAUCUGCAUCGGCCAACAAUUCGCGUUGCUUGAGGCCAAGAUGGCGUUGUGCAUGAUACUUCAACAUUUUGAGUUUGAACUUUCGCCAUCAUACACACAUGCACCACAUAAUGGGAAAUUGCUGCGUCCAUGGCACGGUGCGCAAAUUAAGCUCAGGGCAAUGUGAUAAUUUUAUCAUCAACACGGAUGCACUUCAGGGCCACUAUUGUCAUUUAUACCUGACUAUCUAAUAAGGCAAUAAAAGUCCGAUGGGUUUGGUCUUUCAUGAUGAUCAACCGUUUUACUCUA